AUGAGCUACAAGGUUGCUGAGCAAGACUUUGUCGUUCGAGAGAGCACGGACGAUGCCAAGCUGCUAGGCAAGUCUGAACCUGAAAGCUUCGAGCUGAAGAAGGGAGAGUAUAUCUGCAUUCCACAUGUCGUGCACCAAAGCGAUGGUCGAUACUUCCGAGACCCAGAUCGCUUCGAUCCACGCAGGUUCUGGGUGCACGACUCGACCGAUGUUGCGAGUGGUGAGAAGCACAGAGACAUCAGCGUCGAAUACAAGACGAUGAAGGUCUGGGGUGGAGGAAAGCAGAUGUGCAAAGGCAAGCCGUUCGCAGAGCGUGAGGUCGUACUUUUUGCCGCUGCUAUCAUCAGUGCUUGGGAGAUCGAGCCUGUCGAUGGCAAGUGGGAACAUCCAGGACGUAUCCCUACGGCAGGAACUGUUGUACCGAAGAAAGAUGUUCGGGUGCGAAUGUGGAAGAGGGAAGGCUGGUGA